AUGUAUCUAAACCCCGAAUUCAAGUUCGCAAAACUUCCCUGGCUUGCCGGUCAAAGAUUGUUUCGAAAUAUGAAUGUAGUUGACUUAAUGAACAUCGCACAAGCGUCCCCAUCCACCGACUGGCUUACCCAGAUCGCUAGCGUUCCCACCAAUUUUUCAGUCACUUUCGUGUCAUCCGAUAGAUUUUUUCAAGAUCACUGGGAUAUUCGUAUGGAUUUUCGGGAUAAUGACGCCUUUAUCUGGCAUUUAUGGCCAAAUGCAACACAAAUUGUUGGCGCAAGAAUAAAAUGGAUGGUUGGAAAGCACAAAUUGGUUACGAAAAUUGAAAAAAAGAAAAGUGAGCGAGAGCCGACUAUCAUUCAUUCCUUCAUGGUUGGAUUCCAAAAAACGCUGUUUGAGAUUGUCGAGUGGCUCGAGAAGCUAUUCACAUGCAAAGUAACAAACAUCAACAUCCCAUUCCCAGCUUUGCAAAACUGUCCACGGACAGCUAGAUGGUCUGCAUUGAGGUAUUCAAAGAAUCUGACAAUGACCACUUCGUGUGCCGAUUCGGAGUGGAUUGUGGCAAUUUUGAAGGAGCGAUAUGCUCAGAAUUGUAAAACCUUCAUCGGCGAGGUGGAAAUCGGAAGACCACGGGAUAUCAGUGUUGAGGCGCUCUCCUCAUUGACCUACAGAUCUGGACGCUUGAAUUUCAAUCUUUUGAGUUUCGACUACUUCUUGGAGUACGUGAAGAACCUCAUGGCAUCAGAUGACGAGCGAUUUUUGAUCUUGCGAGCAAGAAUCCCCGAUUGGACAAUCGAGAAAGUCAACGAGUUUGCCCAGAAACUUGAACUAGCCCGUUCCCCGCUCGAAACGUUGUCCCGUACUCACUUCACGUCAGAAUUCGGGGAUUUCGAUGUGACACGACCAAUGUUCCAAUACAACCAAAGCGAAGAUAUAGUGCUCGCUUUCAACUUCUUGGUAAAACCUGGCGACUUGUAUGCCUGUAUGGCAGUGGUGAGAUGGAAGCGGAAAUCUGCGGAUAGAAUUGAGCAUGAAAGGCAGGUGGCGGAGAAUGCACGGCGGAAUGCAGAGGAGGACGCAAGAAUGAUGUUAGAGGAGAAUGAUGAGGAGGAUGAAGAAGAAGAUGUGAGGGAUGUGGAAGGAGCGAGAGGGGAUUAUAGAAGACGUGCAAUAAUUAUGGCGGUAGUUAGGGGACCACCUUUUAACAUCCAUCAUUAA